AUGUUGUUUUUGAUUCAACCACCCCCAUUUCAAUCACCAGCAGCAGCACGAAUCCCAACUUCGACAGCCAGCCCUAGCAAGUCGAGUGUGACAACAAUCGUUGUGAUCACAGUCGUUAUUCCGACUGUGCUCGUGGCUCUCUUGUUGGUCUACAGAAAAUAUAGAAAGUCCUCUACAUUUGCUAGUGAUUCUCGAGGAAUCCAGGGCAAGUUCUCGGAUCGUGAAGCUGCGACAGCUGCGAGAUGCAUUGAAAUUGAAUGUGAAACUUCAAACGUUCUUUCCUCAAAAAGUGAAGUGCGUGAGACGAACAGUGUUGAGAGAAAGGAGCUAAAGGAGACGGAGCAACAUGUCGUUGUGUCCCAGCCUUCGCGUGGCAUCCCGUCGGUCAACUUCGAAGCCUUCACCGAUGUGCGGCAGAUCGGCUCAGGCUCCUUCAAGCUCGUCUACAAGGCUCGAUGGCAGCAGCCGAAUGGAGGCAGCUCUGAAGUAGCUAUCCAACGAAUCCGUGGCAGCGGAUCCACUGGGAGGAGGGAGGAGUUCGAGCAGGAGGUCAAGAUCUUCCAGCACUUGGGGCUCCACCCGAAUCUCCUUCGCCUUCUUGCUAUCACAAUUGAGCCAGGUUCUUGCGACUACUGCAUGGUGACGGACUUUGCAUCUCAGGGCUCCUUGGAUGUCGUGUUAUCUAGCCUCGCAGAGGAACGCAAGACUCUCAGUCUACUGGUGCAGCUGCAGGUGGCGAGGCAGGUCUGCGACGGGAUGGUACAGCUCUCUCUGCAUCAGGUCGUGCAUCGGGACCUGGCAGCGAGGAACGUGCUUGUGUUCCGUCUGAAUGCACAGAAUCACUUGGAUGUGAAUGUGAAGAUCGCUGAUUACGGGUUGUCUGUCAUGUCCGCGCGCGGGUACGGAGAGAGAUAUGCAGCGAGUUUCAGUACGGCAGGGUCGACGACUCGCCCAAUCCGAUGGAUGGCACCGGAGAGCAUCGAGAGAAGGCAGUACUCGGAGAAGAGCGAUGUAUGGGCGUUUGGUGUGACUUUGUGGGAGAUCUGGACGUACGGGAAAGUUCCGUAUUGCACCGUCACGGACGAUUCGCUUGUGGGAUCCAAGGUACUUGGUGGUGUGCGACUUCCGAGCCCCCCUUCGUGCCCUGCAGCUGUGUAUAGUAUCAUGCUGGAAUGUUGGAGGGAGCAGAAGUCAGAGCGGCCACGUUUUAGCGACUUGCAUAGAAAGCUUCAGCAACAGCAUGACGCAGCCGUUGCAGAGAGUUUAAGAGAGGAUGAGAUAGACAUAGAUAGCCAGCUCUGCGUCAUCUGCUUGGAACGAGAGGCCAUGUGGGCGCUCAUCCCCUGUGGACAUAAAUGUCUCUGUGAGAACCACAAGGAAGGAGCGGCUUCAAGGCCAUGUCCAAUCUGUCGCUCGGAUCCCACCAGCGUGUAUAAGAUUUACUAA